AAGAAAAUGGGUAAGGAAAUGGUAAAGUUCGGUGGUGGAUAGAAACUGGUUCGCAGACGAGAUGAAGCAACAGAGCUAGGGUUCGAAGCUCAACUUUGCAAGCAGAAACCUCGACCCUCUCAUCCUAUCAUGCUUGGCCGCUCCUUUUUCAUUUGAGGUGGGGGUCAAGAACAUGUGAAUUUUAAACAGGCACAACCAUUUUCUGGGAGCUUGAACUUGGAAUUCUAGAGAUGAUUGGAAAUUCACUGGUUCAGAUUUCUACUUGCCCCACUGUUUUAUCUUCAUCUUUGAUUACUAGGAAACCUAGUUCUACAAAUUUCUUGCCUUGUCUGCCCCCGAAAUCACAAAAGAAACUUUUUAGCGUAAGAGCUACCCCAUCUGCUGAUACAGAUUAUACCCAAUCGCCCUCUUCUUCUCCAGAAGAAAGGAACCCCUUUGCGGUUAUUCUGGAUGUUCCUAGAACCAUUUGGAGGCAGGCAUUUCGUCCCCUGAGUGAUUUUGGCUUCGGUAGGAGAAGCAUUUGGGAAGGUGGUGUUGGAUUGUUUCUUGUGUCAGGCACUGUCCUCCUUGCCCUCAGUUUAGCUUGGCUGAGGGGAUUUCAACUGCGGUCCAAGUUCAGGAAGUAUUUGGUAGUGUUCGACUUUGCUCAGGCUUGUGGGAUUUGUACUGGAACUCCUGUCAGGAUUAGAGGGGUCACUGUUGGUAAUGUCAUUCGUGUUAAUCCAUCCUUGAAGAGUAUUGAAGCAGUAGUUAAGGUUGAAGAUGAUAAGAUUAUCAUACCACGUAAUUCACUGAUUGAGGUGAACCAGUCUGGUCUUCUCAUGGAAACUCUAAUUGAUAUUACACCUCGAGAUCCCAUCCCUAUGCCUUCUGCAGGGCCACUUGACCCAGAUUGUGUUAAAGAAGGUUUGAUUGUAUGCGAUAGGCAAAUCAUAAAAGGAUAUCAGGGGGUAAGUUUGGAUGCAUUGGUUGGUAUAUUCACCCGUCUUGGACGUGAAGUUGAAGAGAUUGGUGUUGCCAACACAUAUUCACUGGCUGAGCGAGUUUCAUAUGCUAUUGAAGAGGCAAGGCCACUGCUUAUAAAGAUUAAAGCCAUGGCUGAAGAUGUUCAACCUUUACUAUCUGAGGUUCGUGAUAGUGGCUUACUGAGGGAAAUUGAAAAUUUAACAAAAAGCCUGACAGAAGCCUCUGAGGAAUUGAGAAGGGUGCAUUCAUCCAUUAUGACACCAGAAAACACUGAACUGAUUCGGAAGUCCGUCUAUACCCUUAUUUUCACUUUGAAGAAUAUUGAGAGCAUAAGCUCUGAUAUUCUAGGAUUUACGGGCGAUGAAGCCACCAGACGGAAUUUAAAGUUGCUUAUUAAGUCUCUCAGCAGGUUAUUGUGAAGACAGUGAGAAGUGGGGGAUAUAAAGUAAAUUUUCACACUGGAUAGGCUUGUAUGGUUCCUGGAUGGGCUUUAUCGGGUGUGUUAGGCCACCUGUCCUGUUGCAUCCUCUUCAUGUUUCUUAUAAAUGAAGUUUGUGUGUGUGUGUCCUUUGUUACAGAAACUGUGUUUUUUAGGCUCAAAUUUGCAGUCUUUGACUGUUUAGCCCUUGAGAGCCUCUAGUCGUUAUACGCUUUGAUUCUGUAGGGUCUUCUUUGUAAGCCUACUCAAGACAGCCGUCCUUGUCGUAAUUUUUACUUUAGUUAUUGAUAUGAAUUGUGAAGUUUAGUUGA